AUGCCAAACCAAACAAUAUUGACAGCAGUCCUGACAUGUCAACUCUGGACCCACCUCCAUGACCACUUUCACAACAAUAUCCUCACAAUCUCCCCCUAUGUCUGGACCACUGGAGGAAUUACCAUCACCUGGGCAGAAUUGGUGUUGGCUUUGCCUGAUCUUUCUGGAAUGGAGUGGCCACCCCUCAGACAGAUCCCAAACUUCCUCCUCUUCUCUGGUGACAACCAUGGGGUGCAAGGAGGAUCCUGCUGCCGACUUAAGCGCCAUAUCAAGACUCUCUGCCUCAGGCUGGAAGCCAUUCACCUCAUCAGAACCAAGGCUACUGCCUUGGGAGCAGUUCCUAUACCAGCAAGAAUUGUCAGGACCAAGCAUCUUCUCUACCAGUUGUGGUGUUUGUUUGUGGAGGAGGGACACAGGGGUAUUCAGUCUUUUUUCUAUGACUUGUACAUAGUUGUUCCUGAUGGGGAUCUUGAGAGACUCCCUCUCUAUUUGGAGGUCAGACUGAACAGGUUCCAGUUGAUCUGGUAG